GGUUCUGUGUGGCUUGUUUUGUUGGCUGAUGCAAUCCUUUCUAGUGGAAGGAAUUCUGGAGGAAUUUAUCUUAUUGAGUUUAUUCUAGGCUAGUCUGCUUGUCUGGACAGGUGACGAAGAAUUGGCCAAAUUCUUUCAAUUGCCUACGGGGUUGGAAGUUGAACUUGGAAUUUAGUGAUGCUUCGAAGUCUACUUUAGGCUUCGUCUCCAUAUUGACUCAUCUACGGAACACACUAUAAUGCCUUUCUUGGAUGUGACCAAAUACUGACUUCUUAAAGGAAUGUUGUGGGUAUUUGCAAAAGAGUAGAAUACCUUCAGUUAUUUGCAAUAUAAAGACUUUGUGCUAUAGCCCUUUUUACAAUUUUUAAUAUCAUAGUUUGUAUUUAUUUCUACUGCUGUGAGCUGACGCACAUGAUUCCAACACCAUUUUAUACCUCUUAUGACUGCCUCACUUCCCAAAUCCUUCUCGUUGUGCUUCACAAGUUCUGUUGACUCAUUUCUACUCAAAUUGCUGAUUGAAGAAAACAGUCUCUUGACGUUUACCUGAGUUUGUUAAGUUUGACGGCGCUUGGUGUAUCUGGAUGGGAUAAAACUUAUUGUCUGAAAUCUUUCCGCUGCCUAUUGGUAGGAAAUUUUAACUUGUUCUUAGAGAUGCUUCCAAAUAUGCUCUAGACUUUGUUUCUAUAUUAACUCUUUCAUAGACCAUGCCUGCUAGUUCUAUGCUUAAUGGGAGUAUAUUAUCGGCUGGAAUUAGUUGUUACUAAUACCGGUUCCCUAGAUGAACUCUUGAGUCUUGAGUCUUGAGUCUUGGCAAUUCUUUAACAAUGGCUGUUUGCAUUUUAUGAUGUGUUGCCUGCGUAUGUGACCAUUAUCACACCUUUUGUGCCUCUUUUGACGUAUGUGUGACCCCUUCAUGUCAUAAUUUAGUUUGUCAUGUGCCCGUAUGAGUGGAAUCUCUUAAACACUGAUCACUUUGCUUGGCAAGUUCUAUUAGCUGAUAUAAAUCCUUUCAGCUGAUGGGAAAUCUCUAUAGGUGUUUAUGGUAUUCACUUUUCAGUUGACUUAAGGUCAUUCUGAUUCUCUGUGGUGGUGAAGAAAUUACCUUAACUUCAUCUGCUGCCUGUGUGGUUGGAAAUUGAAACAUGUUACUUAUGGAUGCUUAAGUCUACUCGAGGCUUCAUCAUCACUAGUAACUUAUCUUUCAUAAUUAUGGAAAUUCUGUGGAAGACUAUUGAUUGUUGUUUUGCCUUGUGAACUGCUGACUCCCAUCGGAAAUUGUUAUGUAUAUAUGAAAUCUUUUCGGUUUUAUUUACUGAUGUUUUUUAGUCAUCAUACUUGCAUUCUACGGUAGCGAGCUAAUAUUUUCUUUUCAUGAGUAUCAUGCAAGCUUGAACAUAGUAUGUUUGUGAAUUUGGAAUUGCCUUUUUGGCUUAUUUUGCACUGUCAAACACAUUAUGAGCCCAUUGAAAAUGCAGGUAUAUUGAAUUUGAUGAUCCGAUAUAUGCCUUGAUGGCUGUUGAUCUCUCUGGUCAGCUACUUCUUGGACAACCUAUCAAGGUUAAACCUUUGAAUGCUCGGAGCCCUUCUGCAGGGGAAACAACCUUUCAAUAACUUCUAAUCAUGGAGCUGUUACGUUCUGCCUUCUGAUAAUUUCCCCAUCUGAGGAUUCAGCUCUCUAUUCAACCUAACUCCCCUAUUGAUGCCAACCAACAUCACUUUAUCAAACUCCUUAAUAAAUGCCAAUAUGAUUGCUUUAUGAGUGGCCAAAUUUCUUCUUUUGAUACCUGUGAGCAAUUUCAGAACCAGGAUUCCAACCUCUUCCGAAAAAUUCCUCCAGUUGCCUCUUAUAUCAUUCUUGGUUUCUUCUAAUUCCUUUCUUCUUUUUUCCCAUCUUAUUUACCUUUGUUUAUGAACUUUCAGCUGUUUUAGUUGUUCAUUUGAUGGUAUAAUCAGGUUUUGCACAUAUAUGCCUUUUGGCUUUUCCUAGUGGAUGUUAAGUUUUGUCUUGAUGAAUGUUGAAUAUGCGUAACAUUGAUUAUUUUUCAGUGGUUUGAAACAGAAGGUUUGACAUUACUGGGCUGAUAUCCUCUCUUUCAAGAGCUUAUCAUGCCCAUGAUCCAAUCAUUCCUGUGACAUCAAGAUACUUGCUAAGGCUGGGACAGCUUAAUCGAUUUCGGCAUUUGCAAUCAGUUCCUCCAUUCUCUACAUUUGUAUAUGCCAUAGUUGUCAAAAGCGCGCCCAGGCACGCGCCAGGCGAGGCAAGGCUCAGGGUAGGCGCCUGCCUUGUGUUAGCAGGGGAUCAAUUUCUCUGGGUCUUACUGAUCGAUCAGCAGCAACAGUGAACUCAAGUGAUUCGAUGGCUGUAAACCCUAAUCGCACCUGAUUGACUUGCUUUGAACCCAUCUCACACUGAUUCGAACACUGUACAACAAUAUUCGAGCCAUUUCGAGCCCUAAUCUGCAUCUUAGAGGUCUGGGCCAAGAGCAGAAUGAUUUGAUUCAUGGAUCCCUUUGAUCUUGCUCACUGGAUUUGUGCGGAGGGUUCAUCAAGUGACGGAAAGCCACCAUUUGAAAGGGUAAGAAACUAAAGAACCUAACAUGUCUUGUUAGAUGAGUCUAUGAUAUAGUUCUUUAUUUUCGCCAUCUGUUUACAUACAACUAGCUUAGCCUAUUUCAUAUCCAAUCACUUGUGAGUAAAAGAACUUUAAGUCUGAUUUCAUGGGUCCCAACUUCUUUUCAAAUCCGAGAUGAAGGGAGCAUCAAACGGCACCAUGAGACCUUGCUACACGUGAUUGCUUUCGCUUGAGGGGCUGCAAUUCCAAGAAAUCAUUAACAAAGUAUGGAAGUGGCUUUGUUGAGGGGAGGAACUGAGGCCGCCGCAGACAGUCCACAAGCAGAUUAGGUCGAAAACUCUAUGCCGGCUUGGCGGUUUCAUUUUUGCCUCGCCGCUGCCGAAUUCACUUCCGUUCCGAGGAAGAACCGAGAUGAUACAGCGUUGAGCGAUCUCUGCAGAUUGCUCCAGCUUGAUUAGAUGUUCACUUGAAUCUUCCUGUGUUGUCUACCCCAAAAGGAAAGCCCUGGCCCUUGAUCAAUGGAAGAUAGAUGGAUGAGGUUCGAAUGGCCAUAAAUCGGUAUGCGGCGCCACUGACUAUGGCAUGUUUUGAUUCUGCAUAGCUGACAUGGAGCAUAAUUGGAGAGAGGGAGCAGGAGCAUAUAACUUCAUUGAGCAUUGUUUGGCGUCCGUUUAUAGACAAAAACAAGGGCUCAAAUUCCUCGCACAUAGAGUGUUGGGUUAUUCUUCUGCUGAUUGGUAUGCUGUUGAAGGAUCUUUGAGGAAGCAAUGGGAAGAGAGAGUCUUCAGAAACUUUGGUAGAAGUACAAGGUUGACAGCCUUAUAUGGUCGUGUGCACAACUAUGAAAGGCCAUGCCCCAUAUACCAGGUCGUUGCGUUCUUGAACUCAGUUCUCCUUCUGAACCAACUCAACCAAGUUGUGGUGAUUGCCACUAGUUUCAACACCUGUGACUAUGUCUACAAUUUGGCAGCAGCGGGGGCCCUGCCGAAUCAGAGGGCAAAGAGUUUGUUGCAGAAGUUGGUGGAGUUUGUGAUUAAAGAUAAGCAAUUGGGCAAGGAAGACUCUGUGGAUGGGAUUGGGUCAUCACUUCUAUCUGGAUCUUUGUCAAUGGCCCCUUGUUAUAUACAGCGGGUGUUUCGUUCAGGGCCACAUCAUCCCCAGCCUCGAAUAUUGUGUUUGCAUGGAUACCCUGAUGCACUUGAACAAUAUGUAGCAAUCAUGAAUGCAAUAUUCUCAGCUCAGCCGUCGAUGGUGCCCAUAGAUUCUUGCUUACUGGGGGCACAACAUUCUGCUUUCCUGCAGCAGGUAGCAUGUAUUUUCAUUUUGGAAAUUCCUGUGGCCAAAUUUAUUCAAUCAUUGAGAAAGGCUUUUCUUGAUUUAUUUAAUGAUAGUGUUUGCACAUCUGUACGACAUGCUUCUUACAUAACUGGGGGUGUGUAUAUGAAGCCCCAACAACUGGAUGGCCUUUUUCAGUAUCUCUCUGUAGGUUUUAAAACUCAUCAGUGUCAUAUGAAAGUGCCUCAGUGUUGUCUUUUUACCAUCAGAUAUGAUAUUGGCACCUGACCUGCAUGCACUCAGUUCCUCAUAAUUGUGAUUCUGCAAAGUGCAUUUUACGGGCCAUGACAGUCUUUAUAAGCUGGAGUUGAGUGCUUUCUUUCCAUUGCCUGGCCUUUUCUAUAAUUUUUUUGACAAUCAAUAAAUUUGUAGAGAAGUCAUCAAGGGAAGGGCCCAGCACAACAAUAAAGUUGCUCCAUUGUGACUUGGAGGUCACGGGUUCGAGUCGCGAAAACAGCCUCUCUGCUUGCAGGGAUAAGGCUGCGUACAUCAACCCUUCCCUGGACACCUCAAUGGCGGGAGCCUCGUGCAUUGAGUUUGCCCUUUUAGAGGGCAUCAAGGGGAUGCCACCCUUUUACAAAAGAAGGCGAAGGACAAAAAAAGUCCUCUUCAUCAAAAAGCCUAAAAGCCUAUUACCGAAAAAGCUUUGUAGCCUACUGUAUUGCACUUUAUACUUAAAAAAUACAUAUCCUAUCAACAAAUUGGUCAAGGGUAGAAUUAUAGUCCCUAGCCUCCCUAUUUUGGAAACUAGAAAGAAAAAGACUCCUAAGCCUAAACAUAGGCCUC